UGUACAUUACCAUUGCAUUUUCCAUUCAUAUUCCAUAGCUUGUGUAGGAUCGUGCUUAUUUCUGUGUGUUCUGCAAGACCUGUAGACAAACCUACCUUGAUUCAUUUUAGCUGACUUUACAUUUUAGAGAGAAUACAAUUUUGAAGGAUAUUUAUCAGUGAAACGUAGAGCAACUAAUUCGACGACAGAAUAACAUUUUCGAAAUGACGUUGGCGAAGGCUUGUGUCCUGGUUUUGAUAUUAGCUGUUGGCAGUGAAUGUGGCUCAGAUCUCAGUACUUGCGGUAAAGUCACUGCUCCGCUGAAUCCAGAGACAUUCAUUGUUGGCGGGCAGGCAGCUCAAGACGGUGAAUGGCCGUGGCAGGCCGCCCUCUUUAGGGCUGGACGUCGAAUAUGUGGCGCUUCCCUUAUUGACCCUCAGUGGAUCUUGACUGCUGCACAUUGCAUUGACGUAGUGACUGUGCCUUCAAUGUUUCAAUUUUUGAUGGGAACUAAUUCUUUACGGAAACAAGAUUACGAAAGUUCUGACAGAACUCAAUUUAUAAACGUCACCGAGGUAUUUGUUCACCCCAACUACCGUCCAUAUAGAAGUGACCAUGACAUUGCAUUAUUAAAACUGGAAAACUCGUUUAGUAUUACUGAAUACGUUCGAACGGUCUGUAUACCUACAAGCACCAAAACCUUUAAGGAUGAUACCUUAUGCACUGUAACGGGAUGGGGAACGACAGAAGUUGGAGGUAGUCAAAAUCCUGAUUUAUUUGAGGUAGAAUUACCAAUUGUCAAUCAAGACGAAUGCAAACGUAACUACACCUCACCGAUUACAGAUGACAUGAUCUGCGCCGGCGCCACUGGGUACGACUCUUGUCAGGGCGAUAGUGGUGGACCUAUGGUAACUAAAGUUGGUGAAAACUGGGUGCAAGUUGGCGUAGUGAGCUGGGGAAAUGGCUGUGGAUAUGAAUCGUAUCCCGGAGUAUAUGCUAGAGUUACAUACUUUUCUGAAUGGAUAGAACCCAUCUUUAACAAUAGCGUUCCAUCAAGACUACCCGGUGAUAAAUGUAACGAUGAAGAAUUCCUUUGCGAAGGUGGAUAUUGUAUUGAGUAUGAGUCAAAAUGUGACGGCAGCAACACUUGCUACUUUGAUACAGAUGAAAAAUACUGCGAAACAUAUGUCAGAUUUUUUGACUACAAGAAAUCAAAGAAACUAAUGAUUUCAGAUGACUACGAGGCAUCGAGUCUAGAUGAAUGUGCCAAAAUAUGUUUAGAGUAUGAAGCCUAUAUGUGCACUCAAUUUGACUACCUUGACACAAGCGGAAGUAAAAACUGCAAACUAGGAAACAUGUCCGGCAUGGUAGAAGACAGUUCUGAUGAUGGGAUAAUGCAUUUUGAGCUUCAAUAUUUUAAACAAGACGGCGCUUUAUUCACCGGUAAAAGUGGUUCAAUUGCUUCUCCGCGCUGGUCAUCCUCAGGACCCGGUGGAUCAUGGUAUUCCUGGACGAUUCAAAUCGCAUCAACUUCUGUAAACAUGAUUGAGUUUGACUUCAGUGUGGUAUACCCCAACUCAGAAGAAUGUGGUAGCGUGAAAAAUAUGCUGAUCGUAAGGGCGGGAAACGAGUCCAACUCGAAGCCAGUGGAAGCAAGCUGUGUGGAGAUGAUGGAAAAAGUGGUUAUGGUAGUGGGCAGAGAAGCUAGAAUUGACUUUUACACUGAAGAUCCAGAUGCCAAUGGAUUCCUUGUAUCCUAUAGCGGCGUUUGGUUAUGCGACAACACUUUCACAGAAGAAGGUAAAGUGACGUCACCAAACUAUCCGGAAAACUAUCCAAACGGUGCAACCUGCAAGACUCUCAUCCACGCUCCCGAAGGAAUGACCAUACAAUUACGCAUGGACGACUUCAGCCUAGAAGUCGAUGGUUUUCAGAUAGGUGUAUGUGAUAGUAACUGGGAUACCUUAAGUAUCUAUGACGGGAGUAAUGAUACUAGUGAACUGUACGGCGAGUACUGUGGUAGUUUGAUCAAUGGCACUUUUGUGUCCAGCUCAAAUUCGAUGUUUCUCGUAUUCAAGUCAGACUCCAGUAUAGAUGAAAUACCGGAAUGGGAAAAGCAAAUCGGCUCAUUGAAUGAUUCUCUAAAUGGUUACAAAUUUGGACUUGCUGCUCUGUUUGUCUUCUGUCUACUGUCCAUUUUUGUAUUGUCGGCGUCACUCUACACGGUCACUGCAAGAGAAACUGAAAUGUAUAUCCAAUACCAGGAUGAAAAACUAAAGGCACCAACAAGGUUAAUUGAGUCUGAAGGCAACGGUAUAUAUCGCAAAUCAUCGAACGAAACACAAACUCCUGAGGGCGAGGUUAACCAAGGUUUUGACGCCAAAAAUAAUUAAUCAUAUAACCAAAGAUAAUAUUUCUAGCACACUCAUCUGUCAAAUUUACUACAGUAUAGGCCCAUGUUACCUAAGUUAUUACAUUAAACAUAUAUAUUAUCGCAAUAACGUGUUACUUCAGUGACAAUAUUAUAUCCAUGGUAUAUAACGUUACUUGAUAGUUCUCUUACAGUUACUAGGCCUACUAUAAGUUAAACUCACAAUUGGUGUAAGCCUAUAGACCCUAAUCGAUCCCAAUGGAAGGUAGCCAUUUUAUUCGGGAUUUUUAUAGUUACCCAUUGUUAAGAACGUGUUAUCAAGUUUUAUGUUGAAUAAUAUUGCCACAUUCUACCUGUUUUGUCAGAGAGGUUAAUGGCCGAUUGUAUCAAUGUUUUAAUUUUUUUUAAUUAAAAAGUUAUAUUUUUACAACUAAACCAAGCUCUAGGCCAAUAGAUCAUUGAUAAAGUGGAUGAAGAGAUUUGCUGGAUUUUGCGACCUUUUUACGGUAGCAACAUUAUUUUUUUGGUCAAUCUCUAUGAUAAACCUUUAUAGGAAUCUGAAAAAAACCCCUAUUUAACCUGCACUCUUAUUUACACUCCCAAUAGAAAAUGUCAUUUCAAAUUGAAGUUUCUGCAUUGAUGACUCUGUAGAAUUAAUAUGAAGUGUAUAUUUGCCUACUAUAACCCGAUAUUACCUUUGUGUGUUUUGGGAUGUAUAAUGCGCCCUCACUAGGCGUCACGAACAGAAUGUUGUGUAAGCGAAGGCGUUCUACCGGACAAAUAUCCACUGCAUAAUUGGUAUUCUGAUUCUGAAAUUCUGAUAUACGUUAAUAGCAUUUAUCAAUUCAUCAAUGAAUAGGUUGCAUUAGGAUGAAGUGUGCAAUGGAGCGGAACGGAUAGAACUUAAUGUUUAUAAUAAAUGACAAAAUUAUGUAAAUAACCAAUGUCACGUGAUACAAAAUCAACAUAUAUAUGUGUUAUAAGACAUAACAUAACAUCAUUUUUUUUUUUCAAACAAGUACAACUAUUUUUGAAUUAUAAAUUGUUUAAAAUAUUUUCCCUUUGUAAAAUAGCCGAGUGUUAAGAUUCAUUGAAGCAUAUAUAUUUAAAGGAGAAAACAAUGAGUUUGUACAUUUGUGAAACUAUAAAAAUUAAUGAUCUAUUUUAUUUACUUGAUAAAAGAAAUGUAUUAAAAUACACCAGCACAA